AUGCCUAAACUCACUCAACUUCUAGGAAUGAGAAACCGCGACGAAUCACAAGGCAGAUCAGAAAAAGACACCGACUACCUGGCCCGAAUGGUCCGAGAAAAUGCCAACCGACAGAACUUCUCAGCUCUCACAUUCCGCUUCUGCUACCAACUCGCCCUCGACCUAUCCACCGCCGAACUCGCCCGCACGAUCGCAGCUUCCGAGUAUCCCGGAACCCCGCUCCACCGCUACUCCGAGCUAGAAUUGUCCGCAGCUUCCGUCUACAUGGCCUCGCAUGUUCGCGGUGCACCGAAGACUCUGACGGAGGUUGCGCGGUUGACGAAGGUCGGUUCGGAUACCAUCCACGCGCUUUACACGGAGCUCUAUCUCGCACAACAACGACUCAGGGAUGCGGACUGGCAUGAUAUCUUCGGUGGCCCACGUCAUCUCCCGGCUGUUGAAGUGCGGCGUACUUUGACGUUUCCACCACUCAAGUCUUUCGGGCGUCCAACGUAG